UUUAUUGUUUUAUUGUUCAGCAAGGCAAACUAGUGAUGGAAUGAAGUAACCGAAACUUUCACGAUUCACGUCAAUCGAUACUUGUAAUCGGCAGAAAUAUGAAUAUGAUAAAUGUUUGGAAUUCUUUAGUUCCGCAGUAACUAUUAAGGUCAGAGGUCAUCAAAAUAAAUUCAAUCAUGGUGUUCUACAGUAGCUCCGGAUUAUCAUCAAAACAUUGAUAGUUUAUCAAAUCAGGGCGGCAUCUGUAGAAGAUUGACAACGAACUUACAUUGUUCUUAUUCUUUUUUAACAUUUGAUGACGCAUCGUGGCUUUGUUUUAUUACUAAAAUUGGAAACUUGUGAAAUCAAAAAUUAUGUGACUCAACGUGACAUUUUGGAUAUUUUCCCAAAACAGUCCAUUGAGACAUCAAACACUUUAAUAAUGUCGGUAAAUAAGCUUCAUGUAAGUAGAAAAUAAUCAUGGCAUCAUAUUCCAGAGGGAAGCCUGUACCAGCACCAAGACCAGGUCCUAACAGCAGAUCACCACAAAACCAGCAAGGUGCCCAUGGCGAAGUUGGCCCAGGCACAGACAGACCAAUGCCAUCACAGAUCAUGGAAGCUGCCAUUGCUGGCAUGAGUGCUCAUCAUAAUCAUCCAAAUGAGGCAAAAGCAAAGACAGUAUUAAAGGAAGCAGUAGAUGCAGUUGUCAAUAGUUUUGCCAAACAUUCUCAUGGAUAUGGGAGAGUUAAUGUAGUGGAAGCUUUACAAGAGUUCUGGCAGAUGAAACAAGACAGAGGAGCAGAUUUGAAGAAUGGGGCAUUAGUGGUAUAUGAAUCUCAGCCUUCGUCCUCACCACCAUAUGUGUGCUUUGUAACAUUACCUGGUGGUAGUUGCUUUGGUAGUUUUCAGCAUUGUCCUACAAAGGCAGAGGCCAGGAGAAGUGCAGCAAAGAUAGCAUUGAUGAAUUCUGUCUUCAAUGAACAUCCAUCAAGGAAGAUAACAGAUGAUUUUGUUGACCGAUCUCUCAGAGAUGCUGGUUCUGCAUUUAAGGGUAAUUCAAGUGAAGAGAAUAAUCCUGCCACUGGUAUAGGAGCAUUUAAAUUCAUGUUGGAGUCAAAUAGAGGACGCACAAUGUUAGAAUUUCAAGAACUCAUGACUGUGUUUCAGUUACUACAUUGGAAUGGAAGUCUUAAAGCAAUGCGCGAAAGAAACUGUUCACGGCAAGAAGUAUUGGCACAUUACUCGAAUCGUGCACUGGACGAUGAUAUGCGUUCUCAGAUGGCGCUGGACUGGAUUGCCAGAGAACAGGAAAAGCCGAAUAUUAUAAAACAAGAAUUACAGAUCGCAGAAAGAGAACUAGAACAUGCUAGAUUAGCAGGACGAGAACUGAGAUUUUAUAAAGAAAAGCGAGACAUUUUGGUGCUGGCUUUAAGUCAGAUUGGUCCUGCUGAAAGCAUUGCAUAAUAUUGUCAUUUCUCUGUAUUAGGACGGCAUGUACUCAUAUUUAACUCUAUGCAGACUUUUCUUUUUCGGGAGUUACCAGUUUCCAUACUUGUAUACAAAGAUUUUGGACUCAAUAACAAUGAAAACUGGUGUCAUGUGUAAGAUCAUUUCCAUUGUAUAAGUAUAAGAUUAUAAAUAUGGAUGCAAAAUUCAUAUCAGUUAACCUGUAAUUUGUAAACAAUUACUUCAGUAAUACUUCGAACAAGAUAAUAUAACUAUACAUGUACUAUGAUAAUUUUAGGAAUCAGUUGUAGAAAGAGUUAUAAGAGAUGCAACAAUAUGCCUGCUAUAAUAAUUUAAAAUGUUUGUACAAUAGCAUGUUACCAUUUCCACUACAUUACAAUCGUAAAUUUUGAUAUUUUCUAUAUAUAUAUAUAUCGCCCAUUUAGUCACGCAAAAACAUGAGCUUUAGUAUGAAAAAUUCAGUAAAUUGUUCAUUCCUUAGACUGGGAAAAAUCAAAAUAGUUGAUUGCAUGUUAUUAAUUAAUAAAUGGUUCUUUCACAGAUCAGUACAGUAAUCAACAAAAAAAUUAUUUCUUAUUGAAUUGUGCAAUUUAUUUUCAUCAGAAAAAAAUGAAAUUAAAACAGCCAGUCUCUGGCCACUGUUUUAGGGCAAAAUCUUUAGCCAUUUUCAUAGGGGUGGAAGGUAUGCUGUGUUUUGAAGUAGGAUGAAAAUAAUAAGAUCUAUUGUAAUAUGUAAAUCAUAGAAUCCCAGAAAUUUUCACAAUAAUAUCAAAUCAAACAAUUCUUUUUUAACAAUUAUUUGUAGAAUAUCAAAAUCCUUUGUUUCAUUAUGGUACUUUAAGAGGCAUAUCUGUAAUAUAAUAAGUUUGAUUAUUUCACAUGAAAAAGUGGCAUAUAUGGAAGAUAUUUAGUAGCAAUGCAUUUAUUUUGUCCAUUUAUGAACUUAGUUGUCUUGUUAAAUAACAUUUCUAGUCUUUUGUGGUACUUAAAUCUCUUAGUUGGAAAGAUUUUUUUUAUAAAUACAUAGAUAUAAAAAUCUUUCAAAGCAGAAGAAGAAUUAGUAUAAGUACUGUUAAUAGCUAUGAAUGGUAUAUCUUAUUAGAUGAGAGAGACUCAUGAAUAGUAGUAAGAAAACAUGUUUUAUAUAAAUUUAGCCAUAUGAGGUGGCAGUUUUUGCAAAAACUGUCAACAUACUUACAAUACAUACCUCAUUUGUAUAUAUAUGUGAGCAUUAUUCAUAUUUUCUAUGCAUUAACCACUCAUGUACAGUUUCAAUGCAAAUCAUGAUACAAUGUUCUAAUAUAGAUAAAAGUCUGCUUCUAUACAACAGUAUUUGUUUAUUUUCUACAAUAUAGAUCCUAUAAAUCAGCCAUAUAUAGGCAAACAUGACAUUUUCCAUUUUAUUAUUUGUUUUUGUUUAAUUAUUAACUUAAAAUGUACUGUUUUUGCUGCUUUUGACGCACAUAAGUUUAAUAAAAAAGAUCCAACCAAUUUAGCAAUGUUUUGGAAUAAUUGUGAAGAAGCAAAUUGAAAUAGAAACUUUUUGGUACUCUGACCUAAUGUUGACCUCUAGAUGUUGUUUUGUAUUUUUUGUGUCAUUUGAUUGUUGGCUCUAUGACAGUCAUUUUGGGGUAAUUUAAGGGUAAAUUGUCAUUUAAUCAUUUUAGCUUUCAUUUUUUCCUAAAAGUAGCUUUAAUUUGUCAGUCAGUUAGAAAACUGUUAAGAUAUUAACAAAUUUUUUCAAUACUUUACCAGAAUUUAGAACUCAUAAAAAAAUGUUUGAAAAAGUGCAGUUUUAGUUUUAGUAUCAAGUAUAGUGCUUCUAAUAUUAUAUUCAUCAUAAUGUUUUAUUCUAAAAAUAAAUAAGCUUAUUCAUCGCUUUGCAAGAAAUGUUAACAAGUCAAAAAUUGUCCUGAUGAGUAUUGCCUGGGAAUUUUCAUGCUUUUUGAAGAAUGUGUUGUGCAUUUAUAUAUUAUUUAGAUUGAUAUUACUUGUAAGAGCAAGACUAUAUGUAUGUAGUAUCUUAUUGUGGUGAAUGCAAGUUUAGUUUCAAUUUAAGCUGAUGCAAAUACACAUCCUUUUAUCUACACUUUGCUUACAAGAAUUGGUCAAUUCUCCAUUCUAUUUUUUAUUUUGAUAAUCACCAAUGAAAUUUCUGCAUCCAAUGUUUUGAAGGUGUUCAAUACUACAGCAUGUACUGAGAAUCCCUAAAAAGUAUUCAGACAGAAAGUAAAUGGAGCAAUGUCAGAUUCUUGUAAGAGAAGCAUGGACAUACGAUUUGUAUUUUAUGAGAGGAAAUUACAGUAGUUUUAAUUUUACUAAACAAAUAAGAAACUCUUGUUUUUUUAUGGCAUAGAACUAGAUAAAAAUAAAAAUCAUUCAUAAGACAGGAAUAUUUUAUAUAUUAAUAAAAAAAGACGUGACAAAGGUGUACCCAAGGAGGAUGGGUUAUAUAAAGUUACAUGGUUUGUUGAUUUUACCCCAGUAUUUGAUACUAGGAAAUGUCAGAACAAAAAUAAAAACCAGAUAACAUAUCAUAGCAUGUCAUAUGGAAAGAAAAAUGAACAAAAAUUGUAUAUAUACAAGUCACAUUUUUGCUGCAGAUCAGGGAUUUUGCUUACAGAGAUAUAUUUGGGACCGUUUCAUCUUUGAUAUUUUGAUGGCAGCAGCACAUCAGAAAAAUGUGAAAACAAAAAGAUAUAAAUAGUUAUAGAAAAACAACAAAAAUGGAAAACUUCUAAAAAGAAAAGUUCCCAGAAGCAAAUCAUGAAAAUAACAUUUCACAAAAAUUCUUUGAUAUACAAUAUAAUUGGUCCUACUUUGAGUUCAUAAUUUGAUAAGCAAAUGUUAUGAUUUUUUGCAAUUGAGAUAAGAUGCUAUGUGAUAUGGUGUUUUAUAAAGAUCCUAUUGACAGCUUCAGAUCUUUGUAUAUAAUAUAGGUUGAUCAAAAGAUUUAGACACUUAGUUUGAGUCAGACGAACAACAUUUAACAUGCCUAGUGAGGGGUAAUCAUUCCUAGAAAGCAUGAGUAAAUGUAUAUUAUUUGAUGAAUGAAUUUUAUACAAAACAAAAGUUAUCCUUUCUUUGUCUCAUAUUCAUAUUUUGCUGUUUAUUUGGAAUCCUUUAUUUUUAUAUUGAUGUCGCUAUUUAUUGUAUAUUUUUUAUAUUAUGUAUAUAUCAUAACUUUGUACUACUUUUUCAUGCAAAACCUCUUUUAACUUCAUACUUAGUGCAAUAUUAAAAUAUUUGUUGUGUAAAUAUGUGGAUAAAAUUUGUGUCUCCUAGCUAAGGUUGUAUAAAAGUCUUUCAUUCAGCCUUUGUAGCUAAAUAUACUGUAUCAGUUUUCAACAAAAUCCAGAGGGAAUAUAAGAUUUUUAAACAAAUAUUCAAUUGAUAUUAGAAAAAAAAUGUUUAAAUACAGAACUCUUAAUGCUAGUAUACACAUGAAUUGAGAAAAACCUAGAAAAUAGAUAACAUUUUUCUUCAUAUGUAAAAACUAUUUGCUUUAAAGGAAAACCAUCAUGAUAUAUACUAUCUUUUUAUCUAUAAAUUUCCUUAUUCAGAUUUGGACUGAAAAAUAAGAUAAUUGAAAUGCAAUUUAAAUUUGAGCACCAAAAGGAUACAUCUUAUAAUAUCUCUUUCUAAAAAGCAAAAAAAUAAUUUUUCUUUCCCUGUAUCUGCACUUGAGUAAGAUUUCAAUAGAAAUCAAUUUGUCAAUUUCCCUGACAUACUCAACCAAGAAUGUCAACUAUUAAAUUCAGUGUAAAACUUUAUUGUGGUAAGGGAGAUAAUCCUCUCUAUUAAAUGACUUACCUAAGCUUAAAGGUACAGGGGUGGAUCCAAUCAUUUUUAAAAGGGGGGUUCCCAACCCAGGAUAAAGGGAGGGUUCCAACUAUAUGUCCCCAUUCAAAUGCAUUGAUCGUCCAAAAAAAAGGGGGGGGGGGGGUCCAACCCCCCCACCCCCCUGGAUCCACCACUGAGGUACAUCUAAUGGUAGUUAUAACUAUUAAGAACAGCUAGGUUAUUCAAGACCAACAGUAACAAGAAUCAACCUUUCAUACAGUAAUUUUAAAUAUAAAACAGUUAUCAGGUUGAAAGACACUUCUGUUGUUUUUUGCUGUUUUUUUUAUGUAACUGUUUCUUUUGAUGUUUAUAUAUUCACAUAUAUAUUUAGUUUAUAUCAUGGCAUAAUAUGAAACCAUCAGAGUAACUAACAGAAUCAAAUAAAAAUAUCUUGCCAAAUUUUUGUAUUUUAUUUCAUUA